AUGAGAGCAAUCCUUUGGAAGGCUUUGAGCCGAAACGUUCUUGCUUUUUCUUUGGUUGUUCACCAGGAUGUGGCUCUUGUGGAGAGGUUGCUAAGGGCCAUUUAUAUGCCGCAUAACAUAUACUGCAUACAUUAUGAUCUGAAGUCCUCAGAUUACUUUAUUUCAGCAAUGAAAGGUCUGGCCCGCUGCAUCCCCAACGUCUUCAUUGCCUCAAAACUGGAGAGGGUGCAGUACGCAGGCUUCUCACGACUCAAAGCAGAUCUUAAUUGCCUGUCUGACCUUCUAGAUUCUGAGGUCAAGUGGAAGUAUGUCAUCAACCUGUGUGGUCAGGACUUUCCACUGCGGACAAACGCUGAGCUGGUGUCGGAUCUAAAAGAGCUGAAAGGCAGGAACAUGGUGGAGAGCAAGUGGCCUGAAGGAAAAACAGGUCGCUGGACUUAUCAUCAUUCACUGAAAGAUAGUAAUUCAGAGUACUACAGCUCACCUGUCACCACUUCUGAGAUGAAAUCUCCACCUCCUCACAACAUAGCCAUGUUUGUGGGCAGCGCGUACUUCACACUUUCAAGAGAAUUUGUGGUUUUUGUGCAACAGAGUUCCCUAGCCAGUGAUUUCUUGGCUUGGUCUGAGGAUACAUACUCACCUGAUGAACACUUCUGGGCAACUCUGGUUCGUGUGUCUGGAGUACCAGGGGAAGUGCCAAGUUCUGACCCUGAAAUCUCAGAACUGAAAAGUAAAACCCGUCUGGUGAAGUGGUCUUAUCUAGAAAGGAUUCUUUACCCACCAUGCACUGGAGUCAGUAUACGAGCUGUAUGUAUUUAUGGUGCUGCUGAGCUCAGAUGGCUCCUAAACUAUGGCCACUGGUUUGCUAAUAAAGUGGAUCCAAAAGUGGAUCCUGUUCUUAUGGAAUGUUUAGAAGAAAAACUUGCAGAAAAACGCCUGAGGCCAAAACUGCAGUAA